GUAGACAUGCGGAAGCAAUCUCACUGACAGGAAAGUGCACAACUCGCGGACCGGUUACAUGCAUCAGUAGCAAGUGCAUACAAAGCAACUGUAUGCAGCGCCGAUUGAGCCAAACAUUGGUUGCAUUUAAAUAGCAAGAAAUAUAUGCACGUAACGUUUUGAAUUUAACUAUGGAGUCACUAACCCAGAGAUCCAUUCUUGAGCUCGUGGAACCACCACUGUUUUGGCUAGGUGCUGUAACUGCGGCCUGGUUCUCUGUCUGCUCCAUAUAUCGGCUCUUAAACGGUCUGAGGACAUGGAUACUGGGUAAUGGAACGCUGGUUUCACCCACUAAACUUGGAAAAUGGGCAGUUGUAACUGGAGCCACAGAUGGGAUCGGGAAGGCCUAUGCGGAGGAGCUUGCAAGACGAGGCUUUGCCAUCGCGCUGGUCAGCCGCUCGCAAGAGAAGCUGGAUGAUGUUUCCAAAGGCAUUGAAAGUAAAUAUGGUGUCGAGACCAAAACCAUUGCUGCAGAUUUUGGAUCUACUGGCAUCUACCCAAACAUUGAGGCUGGACUAGCUGGACUUGAGAUUGGGGUGUUAGUAAACAAUGUGGGGAUUUCCUACUCGUACCCAGAGUUCUUCCUCAACAUCCCCAAUCUGGACCAAUUUAUCGACACAAUGAUAAAUGUCAACAUCACCUCCGUCUGUCAGAUGACUCGGAUCGUGCUGCCCGUGAUGGUAGAAAGGUCGAGAGGGGUGGUUUUAAAUAUCUCAUCAGCCAGUGGCAUGUACCCUGUCCCACUUCUCACUAUUUACUCUGCAACCAAGGCCUUUGUGGAUUACUUCUCUCGUGGGCUUGAUGCUGAGUAUAAGAAGAAAGGCAUCAUCAUUCAGAGUGUGCUGCCGUUCUUUGUGGCGACCAAGUUGAGUAAGAUCAGGAGAGCUACCCUGGACAAGCCCACUCCUGAGCGCUAUGUGGCUGCCGAGCUCGGUACUGUAGGCCUGGAGAAUCAGACCAAUGGCUACCUGCCCCACGCCAUCAUGGGCUGGGUAACCACCUCGCUGCUCCCUGCCAAACUGCUCAACCACCACGUGAUGAGCAUGGGCCUGUCCCAGCGCGCACGCUACCUCAAGAAGCAGAAGCAAGGCUAGAGCCCACAGAGGCAAGGCAAGCUGAGGGAGGAGAGUCUACUGCACCCUGGGGAAGGGAAGGAACACCAUCACCAUCACCAUCACCUCCACACUUCCCCCUUCUCUCCUCCUCUCUCCCUAGAGGGACCAAGGACAGGCAUGUCCAUAUCAGUCUUACUAAAGUCCGGGAUCAUAUGAGGUUUGUGUGAACGUGUCAUUGAAAUGUGAUUCCUGCAUUCCUGAGGGUUUAUCAGUAUUUGUUUUUGUCAUGAGGUUUGCAUCAGUUAAUGCACUAAAUAAAUUUACAUUUUUUUUUUUAAAGAAAUGACUACUGCUAAAAGAAUUAAUGCUUGGCAGCCGACCCUUUUGCUUCACAGAAGGGAUAGCACUUAUUUGGUUGCUUGCUUGACUUACUAUACUAGGGAAAAAAUAUGUGUGUUCCCAUUACCAGGCAAACUAAACUGCAGAAAACAUUUGCUGUAAGCAAGUUACUUCUUAAUGCGUGAGCACAUGAGUCGGUGAAAAAAACUAAAACGACUCCUCUGUCAAUAAGCAGAUGUCUUAGAAAUCUGUGUAAAAAUAUAUACUGUCCAUUGAAUGUGUUGAGCGUGUUUUGUUUUGUUCGGUCAGUGAGAGUUCACUUUUGGUUUAGCAUUUUUUUGUUAGAAUGUGAAGACGGUUCAGUGUUAAAUUCAUGUAGAUGGAAACAGAAAAGUAUUUGAAUGACAGCAACUCAAAUUGACUUGACACUUAAAUACCUGCAAAUGGGCAUUCGGCUGUUAAAAAAUAAAAUCAAAAUGUCUUCCAUCUGUCUUUGAAGUAUAUUCCAAAACAUGCCUUUUCCCCCCAGCAUAUUCGUACAGUUUGGAAGACGUCAUAUAGGUUUCUUUGUUAAGUUUGGAAUGCUAUAAUGUGAGGUUUUAAAUAUUUCAGUCUCCAGUCGGAUUGCAUAAUACACUCUCCUGCUGUUAUAUGCAGGACAUUUUAUCACCACAUGGUGUUAUCAGUCCCAGUUUGAACUGAUUGUUCUCAUAGAGACAUAUACUUAUCUGAGUUCCCACUACAUGUGUUUAAAAGGGAUGCUGGUGUAUUUCACAGAAAUUUGAGUCUUGUAUUUGUUCUGUCAGUUAAAGUAUGAUUGUAGUGUUUUCCCAAGUGGUGAGGCACAUUUGUAAUAUAAUAGGGACAACAAUUUUCCCCGUGAACAGUUGACAGAUGCCCAUUCAUUCCAAAACUGUCCAAUGGAAACACUGUAAUGGCUCAAAUGAGUCACAAUGGAUGGCCAUUAGUAAGGGCUUCCUUUGAGCAGCACCACCAUUUAUAAGCUCCAGGACUACAGCAGCAUGUUGCUGCAGCACGGGUGACGGGUAGACAAAUACGUAUUUUGCUUGAAACCGACUUUCGGAUAUGGAGUUUCAUCCAUAUGAUGCUUCUAUACUGUGUCAAUUGUGGAGUCAAUUAGAGAAUUUUUCUAGACCAUAACAGAACCCAUUGCUCAUGCAUUUAUAAUGGUGAUUAAAAUGCUUUGAAAGUAA